UUCUCUGUUCCAGUUCCCUCCGUUCAUUGUUUACGUGACGUGGUAAUAGCGGCGACAGCGAAACUUGGUGCCAAUGGUAGACACAUUUACAUGUAAUCUGCGAUAGACGACUUGGUUGCCGGUUGUGUUCGAAUCAACGAAACUGGAGAAAUACUCUCUUCUGUCGUCGUCGAGCCCCCGGAAAUCCCUCUCGUCAUCAUGUUGCAAUCGAUAUUCGACGAUGUGCGGCGUAUGAAUAAACGCCAGUUUCUGUAUCAAGUACUGAGCUUUGGGAUGAUAGUCUCGUCCGCCCUGAUGAUAUGGAAGGGUCUGAUGGUCGUCACCGGUAGCGAGAGUCCUAUCGUGGUGGUACUGAGUGGUAGCAUGGAGCCUGCGUUUCACAGAGGCGAUUUGCUCUUCCUCACUAAUUAUCAAGAUGAACCGGUAAGAGUGGGCGAGAUCGUUGUUUUCAAAGUCGAGGGGAGGGAUAUACCUAUUGUACACAGAGUACUUAAGCUUCAUGAAAAGGGCGACCAAAAUAAUACAGUCAAGUUCCUCACAAAAGGUGACAACAAUUCUGUGGACGACCGAGGCUUGUACGCGCCUGGUCAACUCUGGUUGACACAUAAAGAUGUGGUCGGUCGAGCAAGAGGCUUUCUACCGUAUGUUGGCAUGGUCACUAUAUAUAUGAACGAAUAUCCUAAGUUUAAAUAUGCAGUAUUAGCAUGUCUUGGAUUAUACGUUUUGGUACAUAGAGAAUAAAGUUAUGCUCUCGAUAA